ACAUUUCGGCAGUGAAGUCUGUAUAGUCAGUGUACAUGCAGUUAGUGUUAUCGCACUAUUUAGAUAGCCGUGGAUAAGAGGACCGAGUCCGCGCUGCCUGACAUUCGCGUGGUGACAGUGGCUGCCUGCUUGGACUUAGCUGGACAUGGCGACCGCAGCGGAGACUGCAAAGACUCAAAAUGGGGCUUCUCAGUGGAUACUGCGGCAGAAUGGAAGCAAGGAGGCACAAACGUUACCCCCCCUCAGUCACACACCUCACCGAUCUGUCAGCCAGUUCAGGAGAGCUUUGCCUCAGUACUUAGCAGCCCUAGCAAAGAACUUGCUAUUGCUGGACCUGGGUAUGGUGAUAGCCUUCCCCACGAUAGUCAUCCCUCCUCUCCUCCAUGCCAAGGACGGCCUCCACUUCACCAUCACUCAGGCGUCCUGGUUUGGCAGUAUAGUUUACUUCUGCCAACCUCUCGGCAGCCUGACUGCAGCAGCAACCCUGGACGUGCUGGGCCGCAAACGGUCCAUGGUGUUCCUCAACAUCCCGUUUCUCUGCUGCUGGAUCGCUCUCUACUUCGCUGACACAGUCACUCUACUGUUCGUCCUCAGUGGUAUCAUGGGCCUAGGGAUAGGUUCGAUAGAAGCGUCAAUCCUAACAUACGUGGGGGAGAUCAGCGAACCAAGAUUGCGAGGGACCCUGACAUCAAUGGCAGAGAUCGCAGAGUACAUGGGCUUUGUCUUGAUGUUCUUCUUGGGUACAGUAACAGACUGGAGGACAAGUGCCCUCAUCAGUUCAGUGGUGCCCAUCAUUAGCAUCAUUGCCUUGCUACAGAUUCCUGAAACACCGAUAUGGCUGAUAUCUCGAAACAGGCAAGAAGAUGCCUUAAAAGCUCUCUGUUGGCUACGAGGGUGGGUCACACCUGAGGAGGUUCAAAGUGAAUACGAUGAAAUCAUUCGCUAUAGUUUAGCAAGCAAAGUUCUGAAGUGUAUCCCACAAAGUCAAAGCAUGGAGAGACACGCUUACAGCAAUGAGGUGAACCUUGCAGACGAGUACUCAGGGAAGGAUAACAUGAACAACAAGCCUGAUGAUCCCAGCGAUAUUCCAAAAAGAGUUGAUUUCCAAGUCAGUUUAAAUAAAGCUGGCAGUGAAGUUGAUGUAGAAGAGAGGAGAGAGAGCACGUUCAUGCGGGAGAAACUGCCUUUAAACGAGAGACUGAGAGAUCUGUGCAGGCGCGAAAUGAUGAUGCCCAUGUUCCUUGUCUGCUCUUUCUUCUUCUUCACCUACGGCUCAGGGAUGCUUGCUAUAAGACCGUACAUGGUGCCUGUUUUCAUGAACUUGGGAUUUGUCAUGGAUCCUUACCUUGCGACGACAGUGUUCACAGCCAUUGGUCUUCUGGGCUGUGUUCUGUGCACAGUGACAGUGAGGUGGCUCGGUAAGAGGCCUCUAGCCAUUGUGUCUGUGUUGGGCUGUGCUGUCAGUUGUCUCUCUCUCGGCACGUAUGCUCUCUACAUUGACGAAUUAGAGGGUCAAAAACACUCCUGGAUGCCCAUGCUCAUGAUGGUGGCUCUGGCUUUUUUUACUGGCAUUGGAAUGGAUCCCCUGCCUUGGAUGUACCUCAGCGAAGUCUUUCCUUUCAGAGGUCGCAGUCUAGCGUGUGGAGUGGCUGCAGGUAUCUCAUAUGUGUUUGGAUUCGUUGCCACCAAGACCUUCCUCGUCCUGGAGAAGAUUCUAACCCUCUCUGGUGUAUUCUUCUUGUACGGAGGCUUCAGUGUUGUGGGCCUCAUCUUCUUCUACUUCUACCUUCCAGAAACUGAAGGCAGGACAAUGGAAGAUAUCGAAGAGAGUUACAAGAAGAAAAAGAAAGUACCAAGAUAGUUAUAGGUUAGUUUAAGUAGGUUGUAAGUUUUAAACGCCUGUAAAUAUUCAUUAGUUUUAUACAUAGAUAUUGAGUCAUAGAUGAACAAACAAAUAUUUAUUUACGGACACAUCUAUUUGGAAUUUUUAUCAUAGGAAGUUCCAUGGGGAGCCCUAGGGAUGGCACACUUCUCCAAAUGUAAUAAGAAAGGUUGCGUAUUAAAAUAUACAUUUGUUUAGUUACAACAAAUGUAUGUUUAGUAACGUAAUUUUAAAUUUAAGAAUUUAGUAAUAUAGCAGACUCAUUGAUUAAUACCAGCUUAGAAUACAAUAUGAUAAUAUCUAAAUUGUGCUUCACUAUUGCCUUGACUACCAGACUGUUCUAAAAAUAACUGCACUGUAAUGUAUUAAUGACGCUAAAAGAUUAUGAAAGGUAUUAUACAACACUUUAAAAAAACGAUUUAAAGACACGAUCCUAGUAACUUUGUUCAUUUGUGAUAUCCAAAUGCAAAACAUUCCCAAUUUUCAGUCAAUCAACCACUUAGCAAGAAUAGUUAUCAAGAUUAUUUAGGACAUUCUCAAAUAUCCAAAAGCCAGACUUUUCCUGCCUUAAGUGAAGAAAACCUGCUUAAGAUUAUUAUAAUUUUAAUAUGCAGUUUCAAAAACUAAUAACAAACACUAACAAUGUAAGCUAAGACGUGUUCAAGGCUGAUUCUAUGACCACCGGCCAAGGACUAGAGGACAUAUAAAUGUAAAACUGACAAUUAUUAUAUUGGUUUUACAUUUUUAAAACACAUAAUUUUAUAUUUUUUAAUUUGAUGCUUUUUAAAUAGUCUUCAAUUAAGAGAAUAUCACAAACAAGUAGUUUAUCUAUGAACUACUGAUGUAAUUGAGUCUUUGAAUAAUAAUACCAUACAAGUUUACUAUUCAGGUUUUAAGUAAUGUUUGAUAUGAAACAACAAAACAGGAUGAUGAACCAUAUUAUACACACAGUCCUGCUAAUCUUACCUGAACUUAGGACUAACUUUUAUAGUAGUGUCAAGAAAUAGCACCAUUCAAUCAUAAAGUUGUGAACUCAACUCUUUGGUACUUUUGUGGAACUCCUGAUAUUGAAUUGUAUCUAUUGGAGAAGAUUUUAAGAAAUUAUGGCUAUUACUUAAUACAGUUUUGUUAACUGAGCUUGUCAUAUUUAAAAACUACACUAACGUUUUAAAUUUUGAUUAAUUUCACCAGAUACUUAAUUUGGAGGGUAUUUGAUGCCUUUUCCAAAUUUAUAAAAUACGAUACCAACCCUGUUUCCGGACAGCCUUUCCAUCCCAUCUCACACUGAUGAUGAGCUCACCUCCGUGUCUCCAACCCUUUUUUUAAUUAAUUAGAACAGUUAUCCUUGUAUUUAUGUAAUACUGACAUCUAAACAAGUUUAAUCUUUUUAAGAUAUUUUAUUAAACUAUAAAAACAAUGUUGACUGCACUAAAAAGGUAAGUCCAAUAAAUAUUUUUUAAGUUUGUAUUUUUUUAUGAAGAAAUUUGUAUGCCUUAUAGAUGUAUCAAAUAUCUCAUUUAAAUUUAUUAAAUGCUUUUAAUAUAUAGAUUGUUUUGUAGUGGCAGGCGUAUAAAUACUGGUAUUAGGAAAAUGUCAAUAAUAAGGUAACUGCUAUUCUCAAAACAUUUCAUUUGUCCGAAUGACUUUAGCAUAGGCAUUGGUUUAUAUAUUAAGUGAUGUUAUUUUAGAAACUUGCUAUUCAUACCGUGAUUUAAAAUAAACUUAGUUUAUAGUAUGAUAUUUAUGGAAACUCAUUUGAAAGUAAGAAUUUAAAUAAUAAAGUAUGAAAUGACUAAUUUUAAUUAAUUUACGAAUUUUUUAUACAAUGUUAUCAACUCUUAUCCUUAAGACGCCAGACUUCAAGAGUCUUGGAGCGAAUGAGGUAAUGAUGUAUAGAAUGAAUGUGUUAACUUGUGAAAUAGUUUUGGUUGAAUAAUAGGGCGAUUCAACAUUGAUUUAUUUAAUUAUUAGAAAGUUAUGUUCCUCUAAAUGAUUUAAGUUCAAAAUUUCAGUAUAUACAUUACACAACUGUAAAUGUUAUCUAUUGCAAGAAUAUUUUAACAAGGACCAUGUUGAGCGUUUCUUAGAAAAAUAAAAUGCUUUCUCUCUUAAAAUUAAACAUAAAAUAUGUAUUUUUAAUUCAGUUUAUAAUUUUUAUACAUCAUAAGUUGAAAAUGAAUGUUAAAUUUUACCAUAGUAAUAAAUUUAUCUUAAACACACUUUGAAAUUUCCAGUCACAUUGUGUGAAAACACUUAUCCUAACUUAAUUUGUUAAAAAAAAUUUGCAAUUUUAACUCUCAAUUUUUUUAAAUUAUUAUUUACUAAAUUUUUAUUUUCCACUAUUAUCAAUGACGUAUUAAAUAGGAUUGUUGAAAAACAUCCCUAGUUUUAUACCAACUUUGUAAAUAUAGGUUAUAUUUGUCUUAAUACUAUAAAAUUUAGGUAUAUUAACUGUUGUUUUUUUAAGUGUGGUAAUAAAUAUUGUUAAAAUGUAAUAAA